UUGAAUUGGAUAAAAAUCACUUCAAUCGUGGCUGUAGUCGUUGAUGGUUUGUUUUCUACGCGACGUAUGGUAGCUCUCGCUCUCUGGUGUGGUGUGCCUUUGAACAAAACAAAAAUUUUAAUUCAAUACCAAAAAAUAUACAAAACACAAAUCAUAAUAAAAUAAAUUUGCAUAAAUUAACACAAAACCGCAUUACAAAACAAAUGGAAAAGAAUUAAAUAAAAGAUUUACUCUCGUUUUUUAGUAAUUUGUAAAAAUCUCACAAAAGAAAAGAAACCCAACGCAGCAGCAACAUUUUGUAAAGCAGAAAAUUCUGGUGUUUAAGAAGAAAAAUAAAAAAAAAUAAAAAACAAGAUACAACAAAGUGUUGUUUUUGUGUUCCAACAAGGAAAAGUCAAAAAGGAAGUAGCAGCAAAAUCUCCAAACAAACAAAAAAAAGUAAAGCACAAACAAAUACAAAAAAAAUAAGAUAAAGCACAACAUGAUAAAAUACCUAUUUUUUAAUGUAAAAUAUUAGAAAAAUUACAAAAAAAAAAAACAAAAUUUUUCGUAAAACAAAUCGUUGUAAAUGUUUUUGAGUUCGAUUUAAAAUAAAUAAAAAAUAAUUUGAAGUGAAUUAAAAAAAAUAAGUUCCACAAAGGCAGCCGCUUAAUACACAUUAGAAAAUAAUAAAAUAAAAAAACAACAGUCUUUUUUUCCACCAAAAACAAAAAGGAAAGAAAAACAACAAAACAGUGUUUUUAUUACAAAAAUAAAAGUAAUCUAUCGUUCGUUCAUCGUCGUUCUUGUUGUUGCUGUUCUUGAAGAAGAAGAAAAAGCCAUGAGUAAUGUCAAGUUGACACAAACAAACAGCGAAAAUAUAAUAAGAAAAAAAUAUUGAAACGGCAGCAGCAGCAGCAGCAAAAGCAGUGCAAAAGAGGAGGAGGAGAAGCAGGAGGAGCGAAGAAGAAGAAUAACAACAGUAGCAGCAGCAGCAGCAAUACUACACACUAUACAAAGACCCCAACAUCAACAUCAACUACAAAAACAAAAACACACAUCUUAUUUCACAACAACAACAACAAUAACUACACAACAAUAGUGUAAUCGUUACACUCAACAAAAAAUAUCCCUCCUUUGCAAAGUGUGAAUUUGGGUGUUUCGGGACAUAUUCAGCAGCCAAAAUUAGUCGUUGCCCAAAAUGCCCGAAACGGAAUUCGAAUUGAUCAGCAAGGAGUGGCUGCAAACGAAGCUGCGCUCCAUAUCAGCCUCUUCGUCGUUACGUGAUGCCAAAGAUUUGAUCAUAUUGGACUGUCGCAGCUCCAAUGAGUUCAGUGAGUGCCAUAUACGCUCGGCCGUCAACUUUUCAAUACCCAGCAUAAUGCUGAGGCGUUUGGCGGCUGGCAAAAUAGAUCUUUUGUCGACCAUAAAAUCGCCGGAACUGAAGGAGCGCAUCCACAAUGGGUAUAAGGUUAGCCUGUUUGUGCUCUACAAUGAUGUGGGUGUGGGUAAUCAACAGGAUUGUGGCCAGUCCAUGGACCUGAGUACCUCAUCGGCUGGCGGUGGUGGGGGACCGGUGAUUGGUGUUAGUCCCGAUACCACCAUUAAUGUCUUGCACAAACGUCUCAAGCAGGAUGGUUGUCGCGUGGUUUCAUUAAGAGAUGGUUUCUGCAGUUUUCGCCAAACAUUUCCGGAAUGGUGUGAAGAUGAUAGUCUACAAAACAAAGAAAUGGAAUCUAGUCGUAGCACCCAGGCAGAUCAAUUGAUGGGUUUAAGGUCUCUACGUAUAUCCACACCACAUUCCGAUUCGGCCUGCAGCAGCUCGGCGGAAUCAAGCGAUUGUGAAGGAACCUCACAUCAUGGUUUGAAUGAGGCCCCGGUUGAAAUAAUUCCGAAUCUAUUUUUAGGAAAUGCCAUGCACAGUAAUGAUGCCAGAGCCCUACAAAAAUACAAUAUUAAGUACGUUCUAAAUGUAACUAAAGAUCUUCCAAAUGUCUUCGAAGCUUCUGGCGGCAUACAAUAUCUACAAAUACCCAUAACCGAUCACUACUCACAAGAUUUGGCGAUGCAUUUCCCCUCGGCAAUACAAUUCAUAGAGGAAGCUCGUUCCAAAAAUUCGGCCGUGCUGGUUCACUGCCUGGCUGGCGUUUCACGUUCUGUUACCGUAACGUUGGCCUACUUAAUGCGUACACAAGCUUUAAAUCUCAACGAUGCUUUUACUCUGGUGCGAGAUCGGAAACCGGAUGUAUCGCCAAACUUCCAUUUUAUGCAGCAGCUGCAUUCGUUCGAACGUCAGCUACGUUUGAACACCAACGAGGCCAUGGAUCAAAGCGGCAGCGGUGUGGGAGUGAAUGUCAUAAAUACCGACAUUUCCAUGCGUCCUUGUGGUUCAUCGAAAUUCUCCUGUAAUUGUAUAUCGACCGAUUGCAAGUGCAUACAAUCGGGUGGAUAUAUAGCCCAGUUGGCCAAAGCCGCUACCGGAAUUUCACCCGAUUCCGGUAUUGAAUUUGACCGAUGGACACCGUCAUCGGAUACAGGACUUAAAUGAGAUCAACUUGUAGGAAAAAGUUUUGUACUGCCACCCACCAGCAAUGAGCCACCACAGUCGCUAAAUGCCGACAAUAUGUCACCGGCUUCCACCAACUCUUCCUCAACAUCGACCACAACCACCAUCGAGGCGGUAUCCGUGGUUGAAGUUAACAAGAAGCCCAGCGCCGAAGAGUGAGUGCAAUUGACAAACCGCAAACAGGACGUACAAAACCUUUUCCUACUCGUUUUAAUCUGCCACAGCACAAAUUUUUUGUCUCCCUCCCCCCUCAUCUUCCUUUUUCCUAUUCUAUUGUUUAACCAAAACUUUAAGAUCCUAUUUUUAAAAAACAAAAUAAUUGUAUAUUGUAUUACACACCUGAAAAUAUAUAUUUGGGUUUAAUAAGUUUCCACAAAAAAACGGAGGAAAAAACCUCUGCCCCAUACAUAAUUAGUUGAGUUGUAUUCUUGAAGAAACAAAAAAAAAGAAAGAAAACACCCAAGUGUUGAAUUGUUAUUAAAAUGUAUUUAAUUUUAAGAAAAAACAAAGAAUGAAAACAAACAAAAAAUCAAACCAGAAAACCCCUCCUACCCUGAAAACACAUUCUAACUUGUAAAACAUUUUGAAAUGUUUACGAAAAGCAAAUAAAAAAGAAAAAAUAAGAAA